AUGGCGACAAUUGCUUUACCAAGACCCAUUCCCGCAGGUCACUCGAGAUCUUCUUCACCACCUCACUCGCACCCUUUAACUCCCACGCUAAGCCUGGAUUCCCUCAAUUCAUCGUCGGCCUUCCCAAUCCCCAUUCCCAAUAAACAUCUACCAGUAUGCCCGCCAGGUCCCACUCCAUCUGAGAAACCAGACACCCCUCCCAACUCCCCGCCAACCAAAGAACUUUCUUUGUCCCCACGAUCAAUCCUAUAUCCGCCAGUCAAUUAUAACUCACGAUAUAUUGAUUCUUCCAUAAUAUAUGAGAUUGACGCCGGUGGGGUCGCUACGGCGUUGGAACAUUUAGCAAGCCAACCUCUCCCUGAUCCUUCCCAAGUCUUUCCAUGGUUUCAUGGCCUGCAUCCCUCCAAUCAUAUCCAACAAGCUUUCUUUAUAGCACGGCGGCGAACCUUGCGCAGAACACCAAAAUGCAUUCGAGGUAUCACAAUUGUCAAGGCCGAUGGCGAUUUGACUUCUUCAAGACUGAAAGGUGCCAUUGCUCCUGAUGAGUUCUUGAAGUUUGGAAUCACGACAGAAUUCCAAGAAGUCGACCCACAAGAAGGCUUUUCGGUCCGCAACUUUCAAAUACAAGCCGCAAAAUCUGCCAUGGUAUCAGACAUUAUUGUUUACGGAGAGGAUUCUCGUAAUGUCGAGAGACUGGCGAGGGAAAUUGCUGCUGCACAACAAGCUGUACGGGAGACGCAUUUCAAUCAAGGACAUGAAAUAUCUCAAUACAAUACAUUUACAUGUACCAGUGCGUUUAGUGAAUUCGAGGAAAAAUAUCCACAAAUUGUUUCGGUGGAUUCUCGGGCUAGGUGGACUGGGGAAGUCAUGGAUUUCUUUCAUCAAGAGAGAGUGGAGAUGUGUGCCAUGACCAAAGCUUCGGAAAUUGAUCAUAAUGUUUGGUUGGGCCCAACCCCAGAUGGAUACUCGGAAACUCGCCAAGCGUCUUCGGGAGGAGAAUUCGAUAUUCUCAUCGAAUGCAAUGAUCUAGGUCACAUCAAUCCUCGAGAAUUAAAAGACAUUGCAGAAGGGAGGUCAAGUAAACGACAAUUAGGAUUUCCAUCUUCCGGAAUGAUUCAACCACCAUCCUGGGAACAUGAACAAGCCGAUGGGAUUCUCGAAACUUGUAAAUGGAUAUACAAUCUUUCUCACGGGAUUUUGCCUGAAGAUGAAGAUGGUGAUAUUGAUUUGAUCACCAAGACAAAGGAAAGAAAGAUCUUGAUUCAUUGUACUGAUGGCUACACCGAAUCUACUCUCCUCGGUCUUGCCUAUUUCACUUAUGCUACAGGUCUCUCUAUCCCUAAAGCCUGGCUUGAAUUGCAUAUUGCAAAGAAGCGCAACUUCUUUGCAUACCCGCAAGAUGUCAGUCUCCUUACAACAAUUGCACCUCGCCUCCUUUUUGAAUCGCCUGUUCAUCGAAAAUCAAGCUUGUUAGAUAUUACCGAUCUUGCCAAAGAGGAACCGGAGUGGAUAAAGUGUAUGGAUGGAAGUCUACCUUCUCGCGUUACUGACUAUAUGUACCUCGGGAAUCUCGGGCAUGCUAAUAAUCCGGAUCUUCUACGACGUCUUGGCAUCAAGCAGAUUUUGAGUGUGGGCGAAACUGCUACAUGGAAGGAUGGCGAAAUGAAUAAAUGGGGAAAGGAUAAUGUGAUGGUUAUCCAACGGGUGCAGGACAAUGGAGUAGACCCGUUGACCGAUGAGUUCGGACGAUGUUUAGAUUUUAUCGAAAGAGGUAAACUAAACAAUACAGCAACGUUGGUUCAUUGCCGUGUCGGCGUUUCUCGAAGCGCAACUAUUUGCAUAGCCGAAGUCAUGCGUACAAUGCAUCUUUCAUUUCCGCGUGCUUAUUGCUUUGUCAGAGCCAGAAGAUUAAAUGUUAUCAUCCAGCCACAUUUGAGAUUUAGUUAUGAACUCUUGAAAUGGGAAGAGAAACUCAAGAUGUCAGGAGGCAAGUUUGGGGGAAAGUGGAAAGGCAGGGAGUUGGAAUGGGCGGAUAUUGCGAGAGAAAUUGCAGAGAUGAAUAGACCGUACAGCGCUGGUAGAUGA